AUGUCAGCUCCAGGUGAAAAGAGAAAAGUUUCCAGAAAGAAGAAGGAUCCAGAUGCUCCAAAGAGAUCCUUAUCUGCUUAUAUGUUUUUUGCUAACGAAAACAGAGAUAUUGUUAGAGCUGAAAACCCAGGUAUUUCAUUCGGACAAGUUGGUAAAGCUCUUGGUGACAAAUGGAAGGCCUUAAGCGCUGAAGACAAGGUUCCAUACGAAAACAAGGCUGAAGCUGAUAAAAAGAGGUAUGAAAAAGAAAAAGCCGAGUAUGCAAAAAAAAACUCCAAUUAG